UGCUGUGCGAUGGAUCCACCCUGACUGAUGUGAUUUCAAUAGAGAGGAUUAAUUAUCACCCGCACAUAUUGUGGAGACUUUUCACUUGAUUCAUGACUUGGAUAACACACUAAUUUACGCAUAUACAAAUGUUAUGACUACUGAUGGAUUUCUGAUUUGACGCAACAGCAAACAGUAUCGAGAGGAAGGCGUUAUCGUGUAAGAUGGACACGGCAGAGGAAGCUGAUAUAUGCCGGGUGUGCCGCUCUGAGGGAACUCCUGACAAACCUCUGUACCAUCCAUGUGUCUGCACUGGCAGUAUUAAAUUCAUUCAUCAAGAGUGCUUGGUUCAGUGGUUGAAGCACAGUAGGAAAGAAUAUUGUGAAUUAUGCAAGCACAGAUUUGCUUUCACACCAAUCUACUCGCCGGACAUGCCAUCUCGGCUUCCGGUACAGGACAUAUUUGCAGGACUGGUCACAAGUAUUGGCACGGCUAUACGCUACUGGUUUCACUACACACUUGUUGCGUUUGCAUGGCUGGGGGUUGUGCCUCUCACAGCAUGUCGAAUAUACAAGUGUCUGUUUACAGGCUCUGUGAGCUCUCUCCUCACCCUGCCUCUCGAUAUGCUGUCCACGGAGAACUUGCUGGCGGAUUGCUUGCAGGGUUGUUUUGUGGUGACGUGCACCCUGUGCGCCUUCAUCAGCCUGGUGUGGUUGAGGGAGCAGAUCAUACAUGGUGGCGCCCCCCAGUGGCUGGAGCAGAAUCUGCAGGCAGCAGCCAACAUGGCCGCACAAGCCAAUGAGGCCCCGGCUGCGGCAGCUGGCCCUGGUGACCCAGACCCACAGGCUGAGGAGGCUCCCGCGGAGCAUCCUCCCGAGGAAGAGGAUGAGGUGGACGAAGAGCGAGCAGCAGACGACCCCGAGCAGCAGGAGGACCCAGCCGAAGACCUGGAGGCUGACAACGAGGAUGAAGAAGAGGCAGGGGCUGAAGAUGCUGAGGCCAACAACGGAGGCCAAGAUGAUAUGAACUGGAAUGCUCUGGAGUGGGAUCGGGCAGCAGAGGAACUGACCUGGGAAAGGAUGCUUGGACUUGAUGGGUCCCUAGUGUUUUUGGAGCAUGUCUUUUGGGUGGUGUCCCUGAACACACUCUUCAUCCUGGUUUUUGCAUUUUGCCCAUAUCAUAUUGGACACUUUUCCGUUGUGGGUCUUGGCUUUGAGGAAUAUGUCCAGGCCUCACAUUUUGAAGGUCUCAUAACCACCAUCGUUGGCUACAUACUGCUGGCCAUGACCUUAAUUUUGUGUCAUGGCAUAGCAGCACUAGUGAGAUUCCAGAGAUCCCGACGUCUCUUAGGAGUUUGCUACAUAGUGGUGAAGGUGUCCUUGCUGGUUGUAGUUGAAAUUGGUGUUUUCCCCCUCAUUUGUGGCUGGUGGCUCGACAUUUGCUCAUUGGAAAUGUUCGACGCCUCGCUGAAAGACAGGGAGCUGAGCUUCAAGUCAGCCCCUGGGACGACCAUGUUCCUGCACUGGCUUGUGGGGAUGGUUUACGUCUUCUAUUUUGCUUCGUUUAUCCUUCUGCUGCGAGAGGUUUUGAGACCUGGUGUCUUGUGGUUUCUAAGAAAUCUGAACGAUCCUGACUUCAAUCCAGUCCAGGAGAUGAUUCAUCUGCCAAUUUACAGACAUCUCAGGAGGUUUAUUCUCUCAGUGGUGGUGUUUGGUUCUAUCGUGCUUCUUAUGCUGUGGCUGCCCAUCAGAAUGAUCAAACUCAUUCUCCCAAGCUUUCUACCUUACAAUGUCAUGCUGUACAGUGACGCCCCGGUGAGUGAGCUGUCCCUGGAGCUGCUGCUGCUGCAGGUGGUGCUGCCUGCUCUGCUGGAACAGGGACACACCCGCCAGUGGCUCAAGGGCCUGGUCCGCGCCUGGACAGUCACCGCUGGAUACCUGCUAGACCUCCAUUCAUACUUACUGGGAGACCAGGAAGAGAGUGAGGCCGACCAGCAGCCUGCUGCUGCUGCCGCCGGCAACAACAACAACCAGGCACCACGCAACAACAACAACGCGAACGCCAUCCCUGCGGUGGGAGAGGGGCUCCACGCGGCCCACCAGGCCAUCCUGCAGCAAGGGGGGCCCGUGGGCUUCCAACCCUAUCACCGGCCUCUCCGUUUCCCUUUUAGGAUUGGUCUUCUGAUUGCACUGAUGUGCAUCACGCUGUUAGUGGCCAGUCUGGUCUGCCUCACCUUACCAGUCUUUGCCGGGCGCUAUCUGAUGUCCUUUUGGACGGGCAGCUCGAAGAUUCACGAGCUGUACACUGCGGCGUGCGGCCUGUACGUGUGCUGGCUGUCCAUCCGGGGCAUCACCCUCCUCCUGGCGUGGAUGCCCCAGGGCCGCCGGGUCAUUCUGCAGAAGGCACACGAGUGGUCCCUCAUGAUUGUGAAAACUGUGGUUGUGGCUGUACUGGUGGCAGGGGUCAUUCCCCUACUGCUAGGUCUACUAUUCCAGCUGGUGAUUGUGGCUCCACUUCGGGUUCCACUGGAUCAAACGCCUCUCUUCUACCCCUGGCAGGACUGGGCCCUUGGGGUGCUCCACGCCAAAAUAAUAGCUGCCAUUACCCUGAUGGGCCCCCAGUGGUGGCUGAAAACUGUGAUCGAGCAGGUGUAUGCCAAUGGCAUCCGCAACAUUGAUCUACAUUUCAUAAUCCGGAAGCUGGCGGCUCCAGUCAUUUCAGUUUUGCUGCUCUCUCUUGCUGUGCCCUAUGUGAUUGCUGUCGGGAUUACUCCCCUCAUUGGAGUGACCCCUGAGAUGCGCAUCCUGGUCCAGAGGAGGAUCUACCCCUUCCUGCUCAUGGUGGUCUCACUGCUGGGGAUCCUCACCUUCCAAAUCCGCCAGUUCAAGCGGCUUUACGAACACAUCAAAAAUGACAAGUAUCUUGUGGGGCAACGUCUGGUAAAUUAUGAGAGAAAGGCAAACAGAGUUAGUGCUGCUCCUCCACCAGUCUACCCGCCCCAAGACUAGCAUGCAUAAGAUGUCAAUCAUGAAAUUGUACAGCUAAUUUGCCAUUUGGUUGUGUCGUGACAAUUGUAUGUGGGUGUGUGAACGUGUGUGUGCGCAUUGUGUGUGUGUGUGUGUGUGUGUGUGUUGUCAUUGCCUUGCAACGUACUGAGGACUGUACAUAUGUAAAUACCUCACACACAUUGAUUAAUAGAACAACCAUUGUACAUUUCUAAAAAUGUAUAUUAAUUUAUUAAAGCAAAUUGUCACUA